AAGCUAUAGCAAUGGCCGAAACUAUGAUGGAACACAUUGCAAGGAUCACAUUGCAAGGAUCCGCUAGCCGUUAGGGUUGCAAACUUGACCUCUAACAGUAAGAUGAAAGAUUUAAUUCCGAAAUUCGUGAAAGACAUCGAAUACAACGAUCGCAAAGACAAGAUCUGCGAGUUCAACAAAAAGAAUCGCUGGAAUAAAAGAGGCAUAGCCAUCUCAAUCAUGAAAUAUCCACUUUUAUACUUCGAUACGACCACCGCAUACGUUUUCGUUUACCACGAUGAUGGUACGGUUGGGGUUAUACAUAGUGGAGUAGAAAUCGGGCAAGGACUUAACACCAAAGUAACCCAAGUUGCUGCACACACGCUGGGCAUACCACAUACAUUUGUCAAAGUUGGGUCAACCGACACUAUUAUUGGCGCUAAUUGCGCUGUAACUGGGGGGAGCGUAGCCAGUGAAAUUAUUUGCUUUACGGUGAUGAAAGCCUGCGAAGAAAUAAUGCGCAGACUUCAGCCGCUUCGUGACGCGAAUAAGGACGCUCAAUGGACUGAUUUAACCAAAGAGGCAUACAAAAAUCAAAUUGGUCUGAGCGUUGCUCACACAGCUAAAGCAACAGAUCUGAAACCAUAUGACGUUUUGGGUUUAUCCUGUGCUGAAAUCGAGGUGGACCUUUUGACGGGGAACCUUUUAGUGCACCGAGUUGAUAUUUUGGAAGAUGCGGGACUCAGCUUGAAUCCGUUGAUCGAUGUUGGCCAGGUGGAAGGUGCUUUCGUUAUGGGCAUGAGUUAUUGGCUGACUGAAGCUCUCAUAUAUGAUCGCAUGAAUGGUGAAUUGAUGACAAAUCGAACGUGGACGAAUAAACCUCUUGGUGCAAAAGAUAUUCCAAUAGAUUUUCGCGUGACUCUGUUGCAGAAUAGCAUUAAUUCUGUUUUUGUUCUCGGGUCGAAGGGUUCGUCUGUCUCAUACACUAAUCAAAUGAAAUCUUAUACAAACAAAUUUAAAACUUUAGCUGUUGGUGAACCAGCGUUGACAAUGUCAGUUGUUGUAAAUUUCGCUCUUCGAAAUGCCUUGGAAUCGGCUAGACGCGAUGCUGGAAUUACCAAUGAUCCGUGGUUCAGGAUGCCUUCGCCGUCAACACCGGAAGUGAUUGCUUUGUGUGCUGGCCAUUCAACCGAUGCUUUUACUCUUUAGUCGAGAUUAUUAUGAAUUAAAGUUCAACGGCCGGAUCGAUUAUACGUUUGUAAGUUCACGAGAAGCUUGCAAGUGAAAUUAUUUAUUUUUAGAAAGGUUGCUGCUUCCGUUGAGCUUUUUCAUCUGAUCUACUU